AAGCACUGUAAAGCACGCAAAAAAUCAUACGUAUAAAGGCUUAAAAAUGGCUCUUGCAAACAUAUCUCUUAUGUCGCUGAUGGUUUUUAUGUUCAUUGCUGAUAUUUCUGGGGAGAUUAUCGAAACUGAAUUCGUGUGUAAGGAACACUCAGAUUGCCCACACAGUAAACCGGCUUGCGUUGGUACAACUUGCAUGAACCUUUGUGAACUGGAGAAUAUGUGUGGAACUAAUGCCAUUUGCAAAUUGCAAGCAAGAAUUACUCCUGUGUGCUAUUGUGAAGGUGGAAUGAUUGGAGAUCCUUUUGUCGAAUGCAAGAAACCUAAUAUAGUCAUCAGAGAUUGUCAGUGUCAGUCUGACUGUCCAGGAGAUGACUAUCAAUGCAUAGACAAUAAAUGCAUCAACCCAUGUGUAUCUUGUGGAGAGAACGCUGUGUGUAAAAUUAACCCUAGAGAUGGCGUAGCCAGGUGCACUUGCCCAAGUGAUAUGCCUGGAAAUCCACUCAUUAGUUGCAAAUCACCAGAUGUUCCAGCUCAGCAAGUCUAACAAAAGAAACCAACAAAGGAAACUUAAACUGUUAUGGAGACCUGAUUCUGGAAAUGUAUUUAGAAAGUGAUCUGUAUAAUUAUUUAGUUAAAUCUGUAGAAUCAAUGACAAAAAUGUACUGAUAUCAGAAAUUUUUAAGUUUCUUGAAUAAAUCGAUAACUAUGUGAAAGAAUAUUUUCAUUA